AUGGAUCGUAAAAAAAAAUCUGGCUGGGAAUUUAGAAAAAAGCGACUAGCUCAGGAGAAAGAGCUGCAGAAAUAUAGUCCUAUAAGCUCGUUUUUGACUAAACCUGAAACAAUAUCCAAAAAUAUCCCCAAAACUGUUCUUGAACCUACUUCGAGUUCCGACCGAAUCAAAAAUAUUAUGACAUCGGAACCGUCAUCUGUUGAUUCCGAGUGCUGUAAUUCAUUAGCAGUUAUAGAGAACAUUAUUUCUGAUGCUGAAUCUGAUACAAAUAUAGAGCCAUCCUCGAAACAUCCGGAACAUGGUUGGCCAAAGACCGGAUCUUCGGAUUGGGUUCAUUUGUCACGAAAUCUUUCAAUUCAUGAAAAGUCUGCCUCGCACGCAGCUGCAUUUAAAGAAUGGAAAGAAUUCGAUCUUCGCUUGCUCUCCAAUCGCACGAUUGAUGCUGAAAAUCAGCGUGCUAUAGAUCGUGAAAUUACACAUUGGCGUAGUGUUUUAGAGAGGAUCGUAAGCAUAAUACAGUUCUUAUCUAGUCAGUCACUUGCCUUCCGUGGUGCCUCUGAGAAGCUAUACGAACACAACAAUGAUUGUACCCCUGAUAUAAGUCACGUCGAACAGAUGUCAAUCAUUAUUAGAUUCGUGGCAAAACAAGAAAAUUCAAAUGAAUUCGAAGUCCGCGAGCAUUUCCUGGGUUUUCUUCCAGUGUACGAUACUUCGGGAGAGGGCCUCACUACUACAAUUUUUGAAGAACUUGCAAAAUUAGAUAUUCCAAUCGAAAAUAUGCGUGGUCAGGGGUAUGAUAACGGCGCUAACAUGAAAGGAAAACGAGCAGGUGUACAAAACAGAAUCUUGUCAGUGAAUCCACGAGCCUUCUUCGUACCAUGUUCGGCCCAUACCUUGAAUCUAGUAGUGAAUGAUGCUGCUUCUGCUUCCGGAGAAAGUUGGGGAUUUUUCCAGGCUGUCCAAAAGAUCUAUACAUUUUUUUCUAGCUCAACGUACAGGUGGGAUGUUUUAAAAAAAUACGUUACAUCUCUCACAGUAAAGUCUGUCAGUGAUACUCGUUGGGAGAGUCGAAUCGAGGCAGUUAAACCAUUGAGGUAUCAGUUGGGAGCAAUUUACGACGCCCUACUGGAAAUUUCGAAUGAUAAGAAAAAAGACCAUGUGACGCAGCAUGAGGCAAGAUCCUUAGCCAUUUCGAUUGCUGAUUUUCGCUUUAUUUGUAGUGUUGUUAUUUGGUACGACAUCUUGAGUGAGGUCAAUGUCGUUUCAAAAAUGCUGCAGAAUCCAAAAUUGAAUCUUCUGGAAUGUAAGAGUAUGUUGCGUGAAACUGUUGCGUUCUUCAAUCAAUACCGAAGCGAAGGAGGAUUCGCUACUGUAUUGCAAGAAGCAACUGGAAUUGCAUCUGAGGUUGAAGUUGAGCCAAUUGUCCGUGCUAACGCGAUAGCUCGUAUACGACGUAAGAAACGUACGUUCGAUUACGAAUGUGAAGAUGAACCCAUUUCUGACCCGAAGGAUCGCUUCAAGGUUGACUUCUUUUAUUUCAUCAUCGAUACGGCAAUCAAUUCAACUACAGAACGAUUCCAGCUUUUGGAAUCGCACUGCUCCAUGUUUGAAUUUCUGUAUGACAUCUACAGUUUAAAAGGAAGAGCUAAAGAGGAAAUUAUGAAAAGUUGUAAAGACUUGCAUAUAGCCUUGACUCACAGCGAAAGUAUGGACACUGAUGCAAUUGAACUUUGCGAUGAGCUGAUAAACUUAGCUACGCUAUUGUCGUCGAGUCAAACUCCAAUUCAAUGUAUCAAUUAA